CGCCAGACCGCUGCCGAGCCGUCAUUAUGGAUACCAGCCGUGUGCAGCCUAUCAAGUUGGCCAGGGUCACCAAAGUCCUGGGCAGGACCGGUUCUCAGGAACAGUGCACGCAGGUGCGCGUGGAAUUUACGGACGGCACGAGCCGCUCCAUCAUCCGCAACGUAAAAGGCCCCGUGCGCGAGGGUGACUUGCUUACCCUGUUGGAGUCCGAGAGAGAGGCCCGGAGGUUGCGCUGAGUUUGGCUGCUUGCUGGGUUUUGGAUGUUGGAUUCAACCACUUGAGACGGAAAUGGUGUGUCACGAUCUGGUCCUUUAUUUUAUGCUGCCACACGUAAAAUGAGAUGGACCUGUAAAUAAAGUCUUUGUGAUACAAGUUAAAAACAAAAACAAAAA